UCAAGUAAAACCCCUCUACGAUCGCACACUAGACACCUCUAUACCCAUGGACAGAGCUAAGGUGGGGGCAGUGUGGGCAGCUACCCCCAAUCCAAUCUUGUUAUUUCAAAGCAGUUGCAGUUAUCUAUCAAGUUGCAGCCUUUUGAAUCAUAAAAGAAAGGAGACAUAAUGGAUUUUCAAGGUCGUAAUAGAAUGAGAAUGAAUGUGCAAUGUGAUAGACUAAGUAGCUUGCCAGAUGACCUCGUCUAUAAAAUCCUCUCUUUUAUUGUCUUAAAAGAUGUUUUUGAAUUGAGUGUUCUGUCAUCAAGAUGGAGGUAUAUGUGGAAAUCAAUGCCACAUGUCAGUCUCUCGAGUGAGGAUUUUUCUUCAUUGACCAAGUUCUCGAAGUUUGUUACCCAUUAUUUUAGAUACCGUUGUCAUAUGGGAAAUCUGUUUUCUCUCAAGGUCAAUAUUUGUGGAAAGUUUAGCCCAUGGAUUCCCCAGAGAAUUUUCCACUAUACAAAUGCUAGCUAUGUCAAAGAACUGACCAUGACAUGCUCGCAGGAGCAAAAGAUUGAAUUUCCUAUUGAUUCUUUGGAUUUUGUGGAACUAGAAUGUCUCACACUGAUUGGAUCUAGGAGCGGUUACCCCAUUACAAUUAUAACACUACCCAAAUACCAUUUCAUGGUUCCCCCUUUGACAACAUUGCAUUUUGAAUAUGUCACAAUGUCUGAGGAAAGUUGUGUUAGCUUUCUGUCCCUGUGCGAAAAGUUGGAGAAUGUCACCCUAAACAAAUGCAGCAUAACAGGAUCUCAUCGAUUCAUUAUUGAUCACCCUAAACUUUCUGAUUUGAAACUUGAAAAUGGAACCUGGCAGUCCAAGGCUGUUAAAGUGCUUGCACCUCAACUUAAGAAUCUCAUCAUCAUAAAUUGUGAUGGCGAGCAUUUGAUUUCUGCACCUGAGCUUACGUCCUUGCUAUAUAGAAGUAAGCGUUCUUUGCCAGUCAUUCCAGACAAGUUGCCUUCUUUGGAGAAGGUGGAUCUCUGUGUUAGUAAUCCAGACAAGUCAGAUGCUGCUAAAAUUGUUGAUGUAUUUCAACAGCUCAAUAAUGUCAAAUUUCUGACACUCAGCUUGGAAAUUAUUGAGCUUCUUUCAUCAUCAGUGGAACUAAUCUCACAUCAACCUUCUCCAUUUACCGGUUUGACAAGUUUAAAGAUUUAUCCAGAAGUAGUGUCUGAACAAGCACCUAAAGGAGAAAACAUGUCUACUGAAGUCAAAAACUAUCUACUAGAUAGCUCUCCAAUUGCCACCUUGACAUUAAUUUCACGUGAGGUAUUUACACAACCAAAAGUAUCCUUAUCUUUCAUGCUUCGUACUUACUACUCUAAGUGUGAAGGACAUUAUUGCAAUGGAAUGUCAUAUAUGUAGACCAUCAUGUUAGAUGUGGACAGAAGAUCAUGAUGUCAUCCGUCAGGCUAUAAUCGGAUAUUAUUUUCUUGUUUUCACCAAGUCUAGAAGCUUUUGGUAAUUUAAUGAUAGUGUUUCAGUUAUAACUUCUGUUAUUUCUUAAAGUGAACUGUCAUUUCUACUUUGUUAUUGGACAGCUUUUUUACAUUGGGAGUUUUUAGAGUUAAACUAGAGUGAAGGCCCGUGCUACGCACGGCCGGGCUUCACGGAUUGUUUCGUA